AGUACGUGAUGACGUGUUCCGUCAGAAACAACUGUCACCCAGUCAACGACACAGCUUUGGACGGAGUCUACUAGCAAGCUUUCUUACAACUCAGAGAACCAUGACAUCCCAGGUGCGACAGAACUUCCACCAGGACUGUGAGGCUGCAAUCAACAGGCAGAUCAACCUGGAACUGUAUGCCUCUUAUGUAUACCUGUCUAUGGGGUACUACUUUGACAGAGACGACAAAUCCCUGCCCAACUUUUCCAAGUUCUUCCUGACUCAGUCCAAGGAGGAGAAGGAGCAUGCUGAGAAACUGAUGAGUAAACAGAACCAGAGAGGAGGACGUAUCUUCCUCCAGGACAUCAGGAAACCCGACCGAGACGAGUGGGGCAGUGGGCUGGAGGCCCUAGAAUGUGCCCUGCAGCUGGAGAAGAGUGUCAACCAGUCCCUGCUGGACCUGCACAAAGUAGCCACAGAACACAACGACCCUCACAUGUGUGACUUCAUAGAGACCCACUAUCUGGAUGAGCAGGUCAAGUCUAUCAAGGAGUUGAGUGACUGGGUCACCAACCUGCGUCACAUGGGGGCCCCGCAGAACGGCAUGGCGGAGUACCUCUUUGACAAACACACCCUGGGGAAGGAGUAGCGGCCAAACAUCCCCUUAUGCCAGGGGUCGUGUUCAUUAGUGCACACCGUAGCGAAAAAUACAUUGAAACAGAAAACUGACAUUUCUUAUUGGAUAAAUUCAGAUAGUAGUACCUCACAGUUUUCAGUCCGUUUUGUUUACGAAUGAACACAACCCAUUUUCCCGCCUGCUGGUCAGUUUUGCAUGUUUGGUCUGUCCUUACGACUGGUAAUCCCCUAGUGCUUAAA